ACACAGCAAUGAAAGUGACCCCUCUAGAUGUACUGUAUGGAUCAGGGUCAGACCUCACUCUGUCCUGCUCAGCUGAGUCCAGUCCUCCUGCCCAAUUUCAGUGGGCUAUGAAUAGGACACUGCUGUCCAAUAUGGGACCAGAAUUCAGGCUGGAGAACAUCCAGGCCAAUCAGAGUGGUAGCUACAGCUGCUGGGCCCAUAAUACCAGAACCCUGAGGUACCAGACAUCUGAGCCGUCUGACAUCACUGUGCUGGAAUCAAUAUCUGAUGAUACCUUCAAUACUUCCCCAAACCCUCCAAUCAUCGAGGGUAGUUUUGUCACCUUAACAUGUGACGCUUCUGGCUUCAACGUCACCAGAGACUGGAUGAAGGAUGGUCAGCAUCUGUCUGCUGGUGUCAACAUAACCAUCUCUGAGGAUAAGAAGACAGCAUCUAUCAAUCCUGUGAAUAAAGGUGACGCUGGAAAAUACCUAUGUAAACUCACCAACCCAGUCAGCUCUGCUGAGGUUGAAUACAGUCUGACUGUACACCGUAAAUAGUCUUCUAUAAGCAU